GGGAAGGGUAGUCCCGCGAGAGCGGCCGAAGAUGGCGGCGCCGCCUCAGCAGCAGGGCCCGCCGCAGCCCCAGGCGCCCCCGCAGCCGCCGCUGAUGGGCCAAGUGGGGGCCGCGGGGGCCGCGGGGCAGCAGGCCGCCGCGGGGGCGCCUCCUCUGGCCGGCGGGCCGGCGGCCUCGGGCAUGCAGUUGGCCGCGCAGGCGCAGGACUUCGACCCGGUGCAGCGCUUCCGCCUCCUCCUGCCGCAGCUGAAGGAGAGCCUGCAGAACCUGAUGAAGGUGGCUGCGCAGAACUUUGUCCAGAACACGAGCAUCGACAGCGGGCAGAAAAUCAGCGAAGUUCCCGUGCAGAGAGUGGACAAAAGCCUGGAGGAAUUUUACGCCUUGUGUGACCAGCUCGAACUCUGUCUGCGCCUGGCCUACGAGUGCCUUUCCCAGAGCUUCGACAGCGCCAAGCACUCGCCCACCCUGGUGCCCACCGCCACCAAGCCCGACGCGGUCCAGGCCGAGAGUCUGCCCUACACCCAGUACCUCAGCAUGAUCAAGUCCCAGAUCUCCUGCGCCAAGGACAUCCACAACGCGCUCCUGGAGUGCUCCAACAAGAUCACGGGCAAGAUGCCCUCGCAGGGGGCCUUGUGACCCGCAGGGUCCGUCUGGAUUCUGACCCCUGGACAGAAGGGCUGCUGCAAGAGGCAGAGGCCAAAUUCUGCGCCUCGGUCUUCCUUUCCGCUAAAUCUCCGCUCGUUCUUUCGGCCCUAUCCUCUGUGACGCUCAAGUUCUGGAUAGUGUUUGCGGCAGUCACCAAAAGUCUGCCAUCUGGGGGCCGUAAAGCUCUCCCAGGGGCGGCUGGCCAGUUUUCCCCACUUUUAUUUUCCAUGGAGAGAAAACCCCGGUGAGGUCUGCUCCCCCACAACUGCCGGGAAUUUCAGAACUGACUAUUUGAAAGAUGACUUCUCCCAAAGACGCAUCAGGCGGAUAAAUGUCUUUCUCCAACUUAGGACCCAGAAGACGAACCUGGGCACGAAACACAAUUAUUUUUUUAAGGGACUUUGUUGUUGUCAAAUGUGUAUCUAUAAGAAGCUGACUUCUGGGCUGAGGAGGAAGCUUCUAGAAUCGUGUCUUUUUGUUUUUGUUCACUUUUCUGUUACACUUGGUUGAAGACGUUGCAACACAAUAAAAUUUGCCUCAUCCGUUUA